GGGCGGGGCCGCAAGGGGCGGGGCGGGCGGGAACCAACCUACCCAGCGCGUCGCUGGGAUCCCCACCGGCCACUCCCCGGAAAGCCGGUCUUAGCUAUAAAGGGCGGUGCGCAGGACCCGACUCGCAGCCGCCCGCAGCUGGCCAUGCACUCCAGCACCCUCGCCACCCCGGACCCUGAGGCCCAGCGGUCGCCAGCGCCCCCGGGUCGCGUCUGCAACCCGCUGCCCUGGGCUCUGAGCGCCGCGCUGCUGCUGCUUGCCGCUGCCUGCGCCACCUGCGUGGUGCGGGUCUGGGGCAUCCCCGGGACUCCUGCCCCGCCGGUUUCCAGUCCCGCGCCCAGCUCGAUUCUCCCCGUGGGCCUGGAGCAGACUUCCGACCCCCACGCCAGCCUCCCCAACUCUCCGCAGCAGGGCGUGUUCGCGCAGCUGGUGGUGGCCGAUGGAGCACAACUGACCGAAGGGCCGGUGCAGUGGUGUAGCGAGCCGGGGUUGACAGGCGUGACUCUGGCGCCAGGCAUGCGCUACGACAAGCACACCCAAGAGCUGGUGGUCCCCGAGGCCGGAGUCUACUAUAUUUUCUUGCACUUGACUCUGAAGCGUGUGAUGGCCGGCAACCUCAACAGCUCCGACUCCGUCUCCGUGGCCCUGGACCUGCAGCCUCACCAAGCCGGGGCCGCCCUAACCCUCACCUUGGACUUGCCACCCCCACCCUCGGGGAACUCAGCAGCUGGUUUCCGGAGCAGCUUGCUGCACCUGGAUGCGGGGCAGCGCUUGAGCGUCCACCUGCGCCCCACGAUCCAGGAGCCUCUCUCCUGGCAGCUCUCAGCAGAAUCCACGGUCUGGGGCCUCUUCCGCGUGGCCGCCCAAGUUCCCAGUGGACUCCCCUUGUCAAAGCUCACGUGACCCGAGGCCUAGGUGUCACCUCUUCGAACAAGACUGCAUCUUCCCUUCCUUCUUUGGGGCCCCAGGUGAUGGGACCCAGCUCCUCUACCUCACUGGGCUGGCCAGGGGUCAGUGCUGCUGACCCUCUUCCUCCAGGAUCCUCUGGGUCCCUCGGUAUUUAUUCUGAGCUGAGCUCAGACACUGUACAUUAUAUUAAUCCAUUCAACUGAUAUUUAUUGAGCUUCUGCUCCAUGCCAGGCACUGUACAGGGCUAGAGAAAUAGGAGCAAAUAAAAUAGACCCUCUCCCCAUCCUUAUUUAUGUUAAUAUGUGCGAAAUAGAGACUCAUUUCCAACCCCUCUCCUCCCCACUCCAUGGGACUCAUGGGGCUAACUUGUGGGAGGGGGUCCAAGUAUCUAUGCUGUGUGAGCUUUAUUCACUCAUGCAAAAUUUAUCAGGCACUGUUUUAGGUGUUGGGGAUCCAGCCAGGAACAAGACAAGACAAAACCUCCAGCUUUUGCCAAGCUGAUAAUCUAAUAUGCUGGCUUUACACUAUGACUUUGUGUGACCCCAUGUAACAGGGUCACACAAAGGGAGGGUGUGAAGUGGUACCUGAUGCUGGAUAAUAAAAUAUUUUUAUAUAUUAUGACUGCUAUGUACUGUACAUUUACUAGACAAUGUGAGUUAUCUUGAGGCUUCAAACUGCCCCGUGCCUUAGGCAUGGGAUUUUUGUUAUUCUCAUGAUAUUAUUUCUAUGCCCUUGAGAUAGUUCACCUCUACUGUAUCUGGUAGUGGAAAUACUGUGUAAUUCUGUCGCAGGACAUUGCUUGCCAGCUCUGUGUUCAGUGUCACCACACUAGAAAUUUAAAAUGGACCAUGGUGAUAGUAUUUACACUAGGGGAAGCAACAAAGCUUACAAGUCCGAUUUGAUGUAUUUGUUGAUUGCCUACACUCAAAAGUGCUGGGAAAACAGAUGUUCACCAUGUAGAUGACAUUUAUGUGGGUUUUGCCUGUAACUGUUAUAUUGUGACUAGCACACAAAAAAAUCGAGGAAGUCUUUCUAUAGUGCUGUCAAACCAUUAUCUGAUUUAGCAAAGAAGUUCCAAGCAUCAUCAAAAAGCAAGUGAAGUGUGAACACACAUCUUGAUUGUUUCGUUCCAUCUCCGUGUCUAGAGGAAAAUAUCAACCUCCAUUUGCUUGUUUCUCACCUGCAAGCAUAGAUUGGCUUUGGGUUACAAAAGUGGAAAAAAAAAAAAUGAGAAAGGAGUUCUGUGACACUCAGUUUUGGCUGUAUGGAAUUUGCAGUGGGGAGUAUCUUAUUUUAUCGCUGGAGGUUGCCUGCUAAACAUUUAUGCCAAUAAAAUUUAUAAUAAAUACA